AGAUGGAAUGGGCAGUACUUUAAGAAGAUCAUUCUGAGAGAUCUCGGCAUUGCUCUUCAGCUAGGGCAUCCAGCUAGGAAGAUAUGUUGCUCUUCAGCCAUUGGCCUUCAAGUGUGCAUGGUAAUACAUAUCAGUGAUCUUCAUCUAGUCACACUACUUUUUUGUGGCUGCAACCAGCUAUCUCACACGAGAGACUGA